AUGGCUUGUUCCACAACUUCCGGUCAUGGCGAUCAUGACAACCACGACCACGGAAAAAGCAGUGGUGCUGGAUGCUGUGCUGGGGAUGCAAAGGCGACGCGUUCUGGCUGCUGUGCUGGUCCAGACCCAGCGUCUGCCGCGGGCUCACUGGCUUUUGAGCAAUGCUGCCAGGACCCAAGCGUUGAGAAAUGUGAUAUGUCCUCCUUCGAAGCAGGAAGGGAAAAGCUCAUGAGCGAGCAUGUUCAUGAACACGACGACGAGGGCAAGCAUCAGAAUCUACCAUGCAAGAGCCAUCUUCACGCCGCCUUUGAGCGCUACAAUUCGUACCUCGAAUCUGCUCGAUGCAUUUGCCGAAGUGUCUUGACGACUCAAACGGAAGCCUGCUGCCCGCGACAGCCAUCCAAGCUCUCCCUCUUUGGCACGAAGAAAGGUCCUCGCUCUCUUCAUAGUCAGAAAGACAAAUUGGCCGCACUGGAGGAAACCCGGGGAUUGCUGACUUCCAACGGACACGACCACGACCAUGAUCACGACCACGACCACGACCAUGACCACGACCACGACCAUGACCAUGGCCAUAGCCACGGGGAUUCAGGUUGCUGCGCAGACGAUCACGGAUGCAAACCUCACGAUAAUGCCAUCAUUACUGGUGAGCCUGUUGAUAUUGAAAAGGCUGCUGGCCAUGAGCAUGUCAUGCUCUCCGUCAGCGGCAUGACUUGCUCCGGUUGCGGAAAUAAAAUGGCCAAAACUCUUCGAGAAACCCCCGGAGUCUUGAAUGUCCGCGUCAAUUUCGUCAUGGGCAGUGCCGACUUCGAUUUAAAUAGCCACAUAAUCGAGGUGGAGGAAUUGAUUCGCCGCGUCACGAGGGCAACUGGAUUCCAAUGCUCCAGGCUUGCAAGUAACGACCAGUAUAUCGAUGUGCUAAUGCCAAAAGAAGCAAUUGCCCAAGUUUCAGAGGAUAUGCCUCAUGGAGUUGUUGAUGUUACAGCCCUUGGAAAGAAAGCGGCUCGAAUCACAUACGACCCGAUGGUGAUUGGCGCCAGGACUUUGCUUGAUUCGUUGGGCCAUUUCUCCAGGGGCCUUGCACCGCCCAACUAUCAGGAUCCUACUGCUACUGCUGAAAGGCGAAGACUGAACGAUAUGUUGAUCAAGACCGUUGUGUCUGCCGUCUUUACAAUUCCGGUCGCUGUUCUUGCUUGGGGCCACACUCUCGUUCAUAGUGAUAUCAAAGCGUAUGUUUCGCUUGCGUUGGCCACGGUCGUCCAGGCCGUGGCAAUCCCAGAGUUUUAUAUUCCGGCCAUCUCUUCUCUGGUCUACAGUCGUACUAUCGAAAUGGACAUGCUAGUUGUCAUCAGCAUCACUGCUGCGUAUGUUUAUUCGGUGGUCGCAUUUGGGUUUGAUGUUGCGCGAAAGCCCCUUGAAACCGAGGAAUUUUUUGAGACUAGUACUCUACUUAUCACCUUGGUCCUCUUUGGCCGGUUGGUUGCUGCUUAUGCCCGACGGAGGGCCGUUGCUGCCGUCUCUACAAGGUCCCUCCAACCCACCAUCGCCAACCUGCUCGAAGGAAAUGAACACAGAGAAGUGGAUGUCCGACUUCUUCAGUUUGGAGAUAGCUUCUUGGUCAUGCCACAUACCAAGGUGCCAACAGACGGCAAAAUCAUCGAUGGCUCAAGCGAGGUUGAUGAGUCCAUGUUAACUGGCGAGAGUUUGCCAGUUCCCAAAUCCGUUGGGAUGUCCGUGAUUGCGGGCACUAUCAAUGGUUCUGGAAUUCUCAAAUGUCGCUUGACACGCCUUCCUGGAAAAAACACCGUCACUGACAUUGCUGGACUGGUAGAAGAAGCGUCAAACACGAAGCCGAAGGUGCAAAAUCUGGCAGAUCGAGUUGCUGGAUGGUUUGUUCCAAUUGUCUCAGCGGUUGCGGUUAUCGUUUUCAUCACUUGGAUCGUCGUGUGCAUCAAACUUCGGAACGCAGCCGCCGGUAAUGCUGUCGGAACCGCCAUCACGUAUGCAAUUGCGGUUUUUGCCGUUUCAUGCCCUUGUGCCCUUGGUUUGGCUGUUCCCAUGGUCCUCGUUGUUGCUGGAGGUGUUGCAGCAAGAGGUGGAGUCGUCAUCAAAUCUGGCGAUUCUACUGAAAGGGCUCACAGGUUAACCGACGUUGUUUUUGAUAAAACCGGAACCAUCACCACGGGUGAACUUGACGUUCUAGCGGUGGAGGUAUUAUCGGGUGAUCGUCAAGAAAUCCUCUCCAUGGCCAAGGCUCUCGUCUCCGACAACAAACACCCUGUUUCUGUUUCUGUCGCGAAGUACUUGGAGACUGAGACUGCCGACCAACGCCUUGAAAACAUACGUUCCGUUCCGGGGGCUGGGGUUGAAGCCAAUCUCGGCCCAGCUUUGCUACGCGCUGGCAAUCCACGCUGGUUGCAGGUCGAACAGGAUCCCGCAGUUGUUCGCAUUGUUCAACAAUGCAUGACUCCACUUUGCAUCAGUAUUGACGGUGAACUAGUAGCAUUGUUUGGCCUAAAGAGCAAUCUACGCCCCGAAGUGAGAUCCGUCAUCGAAAAACUCCGGACCAGGAAUGUGUCUCUACAUAUCGUUAGUGGUGAUGAGCGAAAGGCUGUGGAAGACGUUGCUGCGUCGGUUGGGAUUCCCAAGGAGAAUGUAGCGGCUCGCAAAACUCCAGCUGAGAAGCGGACUUAUGUCAAGAACCUCAUGGAUCAAGGGAAAAUUGUUCUCUUUUGCGGUGACGGUACCAACGAUGCGGUUGCAAUUGCUCAGGCGGAUGUUGGUGUUCAAAUCGGCGCAUCAUCCGAUGUUACCCGUGCGACAGCCGAUGUCGUCCUCCUAUCCGGGCUAGAAGGCCUUGUCUUCCUCCUAGACGUGUCCACCGCAGCUUUCAGGCGAAUUCUUUUCAAUUUCUUCUGGGCUGCUGUGUACAACGUGUUCGCGAUUUUGCUCGCGGGUGGUGCAUUUGUCAAGGUCCGCAUUCCUCCCGCAUACGCAGGCCUGGGCGAAAUCGUGAGUGUCCUACCGGUGAUUAUUGCGGCGCUCAGCAUGGCAAAUAUGAAGCGAUCUCGUUUGAUGUAA